AUGACCACCGAAUACGACAAGCUGCUACUGAAUUACCUGACGGGCGGAACGACAAGCUUGGCAAUAGCCCUCGGCCGGAAACUUGGAUUGUUUGAGGUGCUUUUCGAAAUCUCGUCCGACGCCCACCAUGUCUCUCCUGAAGAAUUGGCCCAGAAAGCCAAUUGCAAGCCGAGAUACGUGCGCGAGUGGUGCGCGUGCUUGGCGUGCGCCGGAAUUUUCCAGGUUGAUGACGAGGAGAAAUAUUGGCUGACCGAGGACCAGAAAAAGUCGCUACAAGGCAACGCCCUCGUGCCAAUGUUCUCGAUGAUUCCGCUGUUUUCCGAUGGACGGGAGAAGCUUCAAGAGGCGUUCGAUGCCAGCAACCCGAGACUGGGCAUGGAUUACAGCGAUUUCUCCACGUUCUACGAGUUGAUGGCACAGAUAAGCACCAACGCCCACGACAAGGUGGUGAUCCCGAAGCUGCUCCCCGAGAUUGGCCACGGCAUUGUCGAAAAGCUCGUCGCUGGCAACAUGAAAUGUUUGGAUGUCGGCUGCGGCAAUGGGUUCCACGUGCAAAUGCUGGCAAAAGCCUACCCGAAAAGCCAUUUCAUCGGCCUCGACCUGACGGCGUCGGCCAUCGAGACGGCCAACAAGCGAAAGCACGAUGAAAAGACGGAAAAUGCUGAAUACAUUCAAUGCAACGCCGCCUCCAUGCCGGAAAACUGGGCGGACAGCUUCGAUUUUGUGACGAUCUUCGACGCGUGCCACGAUCAGACGAGGCCCGAUCUGUGCCUAAAAGAAAUCCAUCGUGUCCUGAAACCGGGCGGCCUGUUCGCCAUGAUCGAAAUCAAGGGCACGAGUCACGUUGCAAAGGAUAAAGCCGCCAACCCCCUGUUGUCAUCCGUGUUCUACGGUUGUUCGAUGUUCCAUUGUCUGCCGGUCGGAAGCAAUCUGCCAGAUGCGCUCUGCCUUGGGGCAAUGUGGGGCCAGGAGCGCGCGCAGAAUCUGAUGAAGCAAUCCGGCUUCUCCUCCGUCGACACGCUCACCCCGGAUUAUCUCUCCGUCAAUAAUGUCUACAUUGCUAAGAAA